UAGGAGUAUUUUUUCGCAGGGUAUUAGUACAUAAUGUUUAGCAAGAUAGUUAUAUUAGUGACUUUGUGGAAGAUAGCUUGUCCAGAUGUUAUUCCAGUACUUGACACGUUUAUAAUGACUGGUCCAGAUGUGAUGAAAGAUAAGGUUUCAACGUUAUAUUCUGGAAACUAUGCUUUGACUUAUUUUCAUGAAGAGAAAGACAACGUAUCGUUCUAUCAAGCACAGUCUCUUUGUACAGUUUGGAGACAGGGAGCUCGUCUCGUCGUCAUUGAGGAAAAAUAUGUGAACGAAGCUGUGGGAGACCUUCUUGCAUUCUGGGCUUUUCCCGCGGCUUGGAUCGGUGGAACCGACAUCCACCAUGAUGGUUAUUGGACAUGGAUAGAUGGAACUCCUAUAGAUGUGAACUAUACCAACUGGAAACACGACGAACCGAACGGAGGAAUUGACGAAAAUUGUCUCGCUAUUAACCAUUAUGGCACUCCACACUUACCUCCCAUGACAUGGUUUGAUGCACCUUGCGACGAGAAGAAGGGAUAUAUCUGUCAAAUUGAUAUGCGAAAAGCUUUAACCUCGGAUUUCACGGCCUCGGUGAUCUUCAGUGAUGAGCUUCCCUCCGAGGGCAACCGGACGAUGUCGUACUGGGAUGCGGUUAAAAGUUGUCAGAGUGAAGGAAGGCUUGUUGAAAUUGACCACGUUCGUAUAUUUGAGGCAAUUCGACGGAAAUCUAAAAGAUCUGACUCUACCGUAUACUGGAUAGGCGGGAAAAACUCAUUCAGCAAUUCUUCAAAUAAAUGUUUGGGGUUGGGAUACAACGGCUGGGAUGAAUACGACUGUAAUUCUUCAUUGCAUUACGUGUGCGAAUCGAUACUACCUCACGAGUUGAAGAUAGAAAACGAACGACCGAUCAUUGCAGUUACUGGCAACCUCCGUAUUAAAUGUUCCGCGUCUGGUUACCCUACACCAGAAGUUAGAUGGGGAAGGUAUGAACGAAUAAUUGAAGAAAACACAGACCACAGCUUGCAUCAAAUACUCGAAAAUGGUGCCUCUACUCUUGUUCUAAAUAACGCCGUGUUAGAUGACACCGGUAGAUAUCGUUGUCACGCUACUAAUUAUUUCAAUGGAACUGAACAUACAGUGAAAGGAUUUCUGGAUCUUUCAGUACUGCCGUAUGGUGUAUAUCCGAGCACAAUCCCAACAUUGCAUCCAGAUCAGAAUCAUCAGCAUUUUUCUAGUUUAAAGCAAUAUCAGGAUGAAUCUAGUCCUUCAUUCACUACGCCCUCCAUUUCAAGCACACCAUCAUCAUCUGAUUUAAAAUCAGAAAACACUAGUCAUAUAUCUAUUGGAACAUCAAAAACAAAAAGUCUCAAGACAACUUCAACAGAUUGUCAGACCAACAUGUUUUUACUUGUAUUGUGUAUUAUACUUGGGGUGCUUUGGUUGAUAUUAUUGGGAUACGUCAUCUACAAAUUAUUGAUUGUCAGAAAAGCAAUCAAGAAUAACAACACUGGCCAGGAAAGACAUGCAGUGUAUACGGUUGAAAACGGGAGACACGAAUUAAAGCAGACAGAGAAUGAAGAAAGAUUAUGAAUAAUUCGACGAUAGUGAGGCCGACAGCGGAGUAAAUUUCAAGCCUAAAAAGAACCAUAAUAAAUGACUUUUUGCCGAGUUGGAGAACAAAACGGAACAAUGAAUUAUUAUUUAAUUCACCUCAUAUCGGCAUCACUGAAACAGAAUAUACCUGUUACUAUGUAUUAACAACGCAAUGAAAUUAAUGCGCAUUGAACAGCAGUUAAAAGUUAAAAAUGAUGGCAAAGCAAGGCAAACAUGAAAAGCAGACGUUUUUUUGUUCAAGGAAGCAUCUUUUAUCAGUCGUAAUAGGUGGUAUUUUCACUCUUUUUCUCAUUGUUUGUUAAAUGACUCUAGAUACCUCAAUUCAAUUUAUCACCAGAGAGAAAUGUUAAAAUGUCAAUUCUAAAACUGAUUGAACAGUCGUAUAAUAUGACCCAAACUUUAGACUUUGUUGUGAUAACAUUUUUCUAUGAAUAUUCACGCCAAUUGCUGAAUUUCAAUUGGGAGGCAACUUCAAACCAUAAAUAUACCGGUUUCCUUUCAAAUAGUAUAGUUUGGUGUCAUUUAUUGAACCGUCUUUUCUUUGGGAUAUUGGUAUGUGUACCAGUCUGAUAGUCAGUCAGUCAGUCAAUCGUUUAUUUGUCAUCAUUAAAAACAAGUGUAUAGAAAACUGAUACAAUAAAUAAAUAUAUUAAUUAUGUUAUUUGUGGGACCGGAGUCGCGAGAGACCUACGGAGGUAUUCAAGCAGCGAGUUUUACAAUUCUGAUACAGACUAGUAUAAAAAAUUAACAUAAAUGGUAUUCUAGAUAUGAUCUCACUAGAAUGGUUAUUCCAAGUUUUCAAUACUUAGUUAGUGCUUUGAGUGGGAGAAAGUAGUGCAAUUUCUGAUAAAUUCAAAAAAGAGAAGAAAAUUUGCUCAAUUUUGCUAACCUUGUACUCGAAGCUUGAAAGUCGCUUGAAAAACAACUUAUUUUUUCCUGUAUAUUCUGAGUUGUAUCAGAUAAUCGAAUGCUAAAAAUUACAAUAAUUACUUUUCUGUACCUA